GUGUCACACUGAAGAAGAGGCCGCAGCUUGUCCAAAAUGGCUGCCCAGAAACGACCCCACGUAUGUCUUAGAAGAUGAUGCCUUUCUCAGGAAUGAAUCUGUCUCUUGGCUCGUGUCUCGCUUGCUCUCUGUCAGCCUGUGUCCCUGAUCAUGCCUUCUUAUAGUUCCCUCUAACGGUUUAUCAGCAAGACUGUUGAAAGGAUAACUGCCCAAGAUGCCUGUCCCUCCCCCACCGGCUCCCCCACCGCCACCCACAUUUGCACUGGCCAAUACAGAGAAGCCUACUUUGAAUAAGUCAGAGCAGGCUGGGAGAAAUGCUCUUCUGUCUGACAUCAGCAAAGGGAAGAAACUAAAGAAGACAGUCACCAAUGACAGAAGUGCACCAAUAUUGGACAAGCCCAAAGGAGCAGGUGCUGGCGGUGGAGGCUUUGGUGGAAGCAGCGGGUUUGGCGGAGGAGGGGGCAGCGCUGGAGGAGGAAGCAGCGGCAGUGGUGGAAAUUUUGGAGGCGGUGGACCCCCCGGCUUGGGAGGACUGUUCCAGGCUGGAAUGCCCAAGCUAAGAUCCACGGCUGGCAGAGAUAAUGACUCUGGAGGAAGCCGCCCGCCAGUUUUGCCGCCAGGAGGAAGAACCGCGUCUGCCAAACCCUUCUCGCCCCCCAGCGGCCCGGGGAGGUUCCCCGCGCCAGCUCCAGGUCACCGCAGCGGCCCCCCGGAGCCUCCCCGCAACCGUAUGCCUCCACCGAGGCCCGACGCGGGCUCGAAGCCCGAAAGCCUUCCCCCUCCGGUACCGAACACACCGAGGCCCAUCCAGUCCAGCGUGCACAGCCGGGGGUCGCCCCCCGUGCCCACAGCCCCCCGGCAGCCCAGCCUCGGGCCCACGCCGCCGCCCUUCCCCGGCAGCCGCGGCCCAGCCUUCGGGGGCGGCUCCCUGCGCCCGCCGCCCCUGCCCCCGGCUGGCGAUGAGAUCCCGAGGCUCCCGCAGCGGAACCUGUCCCUCACCUCGUCCGCGCCGGCCCUGUCGUCGGCCGGGCGGUCGGGCCCUCUGCCGCCUCCGCCCAACGAGAGACCCCCACCCCCGGUGCGGGACCCACCGGGCAGAUCAGGGCCCCUCCCACCGCCACCACCUGUGAACAGAAAUGGCAACACAAACCGGGCACUGCCUGCCACCCCUCAGUUGCCAUCCAGGAGUGGAGUAGACAGUCCCAGGAGCGGGUCCAGGCCUCCUCUUCCUCCGGAUAGGCCUGGUGCUGGAGCACCGCCCCCACCACCGCCAUCCACGUCCAUUAGAAACGGCUUCCAAGACAACUCAGGAGAAGAUGAGUGGGAAAGCAGAUUUUACUUUCAUCCGAUUUCUGAUUUGCCACCUCCAGAGCCAUAUGUACCAAUGAACAAAAGUUAUCCCAGCAAAUUGUCAAGAAAUGAAAGCCGGAGUGGAUCCAACCGAAGAGAAAGGGGUGCCCCACCUCUCCCUCCCAUCCCAAGGUGAUCCUUGCCUGCUCUCCUCUCUCUAGGCUCCAGAGCGCCUUCUGUUGUUGCUGUCUGAGAAUUGCAUAUCCUCUUCCCCUUCCUCUGUCACCAUCAUUUGUGGCAGACCGAAGACGAGAGGGUGAAUUUGUAUGUGAAGCGGGUUGGGACCCAGUAGAGAAAUGCACCUAGCUUUUUAUGUUCUGUAUAUUCCCACAGCUAUAGCCUGCUUCAGCUACAGCCUGCCAGUGUUGGGUGUGCGAUCCAUAGACUUCUGUACGAAUAGGUAGAGACCCAUUGUAUCUGGGCCCGCAACCCAACAUUCCCUGCCUUUGCUACAGGCUGUAAUUAUGAAAGCCCCUGAGAGCUGUUAUUGCCCAUGCUUUUCUCAUAAGCUUGGCCUCCUGUGAGUCUGUUUUCACGAACCACAGACCGCCAAGGCAAGUUGCUGAGCAAGGGUUCACACAAAGCUUUUGCAGUCAUUGAAUGUUCAUUCUUGGGCAUUCCAGGGUAGGCUCAAGGACAGAGCUGUCCAAUAGAAAUAUAAUGUGAACCCCAUAUAUGCUUUUAAAAUUUCUACUAGGCACAUUUUUGUAAAGGUAAAAAGAAACAGGAGAAAUUAAUUUUAAUAUAUUUCACUUAGACCUAUACAUCCAAAACAUCAUUUCAACCUCUCGCCCACUUAAGAAUUAUUAGUGAGAUAUUUUACAGUGCUUUUGGUACCAAGUCUCCAGAUCAAGUGUGAAUUCUAUGCUUAGAGCACAGCACCCUUCAGACCAGCUCCAUGGCAAGUGUCUGUGGCCACAUGUUCUCAGUGGCCAAUCUGUUGGAUGGCACUGGUCAGGAAGAUGGAAGUUAGUGUCAAAACCUCUUGUUUAAGGCUGGGGAGAUAGCUCGGUGGUCUAAGUGCCUGUGGCAAGUGCAAGGACCUGGCUUUGAUCCCCGCUA